CCAUCCAACCAUAAACCGCCACUUUAAAUCCGUGUAUAACACUCGCUCAUUAUCUCCAUGUACACCUCUAUGCAACCAUUACCCUCUACUUUAAAUCCAUGUAUAACGCUCGCUCGUCUCGCUACCAACUUACACCUCUGUCCAACCAUGACCUAGUUUACCUGUAUUAAACUGUUAGCCGACUAUUUUCACCUGGGAUAUAUAUAUGCCAUAUAUACAACAAACUGGUAUUGUUUUAUGUAAAUAUUCUUUAGUUGACUUAUAACACAACGUUUCAGUACAUCAUUGGGACUGGCUACCGUUGUGUUGGUUAAAUUGUGAUGAAGCUAAAACGAGUCCAGUAAUUACAAAGUUAUGGUGAUUUGAAAAUUUCGCGCCAUUCGGCAUCCAGUGCAGACGACAAGUUAGCGUCCACGAUUACCGGUAUGUGAAGAUGGGGAUAAUAAUGUCGUUGCGUCGAUAUUUUAAAUGUUACCCAUAUGGCCGCCGAUUUAGUUAUUCUAAAUCCCUCAAAAUAUUCACCGUACUUUUAGCCCUGACCCUUCUCAUUCUUUUUUAUCCCAAAGAGCAAAAACCCAAAACUGAAAAACAUAAAGGGGCGUGGUACGACUUCAUAGAUCCGGAUGUUUUAAAACGAGACCCAGGCCUAAAGGGAUUCCGUGCUCCUGCCAAAGAAAUCGUAAAACCAAACGUGUACACAAACAACAAAGAUCCUCAAUUCAAUCACACCUGUGUUAGUCUAAAAGUUGGUAAAACCAAGACACCGAUAUGUGUUUACGAUUCGAAAAUGGAUAGUAUGAUAUCAGCCGCCCUAGUGACGCAUUCUACGUGGGAAGCCGAACAUUUGGAAGCCAUGGAAACGCUAUUUAAGCGCAAUAAGAGCAUUGCGCUGGUUGAUUUAGGGUGCAAUAUUGGAGUAUAUACAAUUUUCGCGGCGAAACUGGGAAGGAAAGUGAUCGCUGUCGAUCCUGUGGAAAGUAAUUUACAACUCUUGGAUAAAUCGCUAAAACUCGGUAAACUCCGGGAUAAGGUGACUCUCGUGCAUAAUGCCGUUUCCGAUAAUCAUGACAAAGUCUCUAUCGAUCUUCGAAUUGGUAACAUAGGAGGCAGUCACGUCAAGUUGUACAAAGGCGAAAAGCCUCUCAAAAGAGUUAAACGAUUCAAGCGAAUUCACAAUAUUCAUAAAAGUAAACGAUCUCCAAUAAUUAGAAAACAGCCAGCUCCAUCACGUACUAAAGUUGGACAAGUGAAUCCCAAAAAGAAAAAUCCAUUGAUAUUUCAUCCCCAGAAGAAAAAUAUUCAAAAUUCAUUACAAGGAAAACAAAUUAAGCCACAACUUCAAACACGACAACCAAACAAACUCCAAAAUGGCGGAGGUCCAAGGCCAUCCCCAAGACCAUCCCCGAGGCCUAUUAUACACACUAAAACAACAAGAAACCCGCCAUUAUUUAAUGAAAUUAAUAAAAGAAAUGGAUCACAAAUCGUUAAAAAUAUUGGAAAUAAAGACUUUAAUAAAAACAAAGUACACAUAAAUUCGAGGACAAAAGGUCACGAGUUUAUCAAGCGACAGAACGGAGCACCAGUUCAGGCCAUAACCGUUGACGAUCUACUUCAACUAGGACGUUUUCCGUUAACUUAUUUGAAAAUGGAUAUUGAGGGCUGGGAGGAAAGGGUGCUGAAUUCUGCUAUGGAAUUCCUACACGCGUUUAAAGUGAAGUAUGUUUUCAUGGAAUGGAUAUUUCAUCGAUUCAACCCGUCUGCUUCUAGAAUGGUUGAUUUUAUGGUCAGUUAUGGUUAUCUACCCCACAAAUAUGAGGGUCAUCAAACAUUUAGGGAUUUGAUGAGUAGCAAGGGUUGGCCGGACAAUAUUUAUUGGAUUAAAAGAUAACUUUUAGCUUCAGAAGGAUUAGAAUACAUCUUUGCGAUUCUCGUUUGUUACACUUCAGGAGGUUGGCCGGAUAAUAUUUACCGAAUCGGGAGAUAUUUUUUAAAUAUAAACGGAUUAAAAGAUAACUUUUAGAUGACUUUUAGAUGUAAACGGAGUAAAAGAUAACCUUUAGAUACAAACGGAGUUAAAUAUAACUUUUAGAUACAAAUUUUAUACAAACGGGGUAAAAGAUAACUUUUAGAUACAAAUUUUGGAUACAAACGGAGUAAAAGAUAACUUUUAGAUACAAAUGGGUAAAAGAUAAUUUUUAGAUACAAACGGAGUAAAAUAUAACUUUUAGAUACAAAUAAAGUAAAAGAUAAUGUUUCGAUUCAAGGGAUUGGCCGGAUAAAAUUUAUUAGAUUAUGAGAUAACUUUUAUAUUACUGACCAUGAUUUCAUCGCAUCCAGCAUGUAAUUGUAAAUCAUGCGCAAUUGUCCAAAGAACAAACAUGCUAAGUUUUAUGUAGAUCGUAGUCGAAUAAAGAGCGUUGAUCCAGGAACAAUAUCAUCAUGUGGAUGGAGUUCCGUGUUCAAAAAUAGUUUUUAGGUCGACAUGAACAAGGCAUUUAAAUUGGUUACUAAUUGUUGAGCUAGAUACUUAUGGUGGCGGAUUGGUUUCAUGUCGCGUUGUCGUGGUGUCGCCCUUCAUAAGGCGACAACCCGACAUCCCGACAUUUUAACCCGACACCACGACAACCCGACAUGAUACCAAUCAGCCACCAUAAGAUACUAGAUCAUUACUAGUGGCUUAAAGCCGCCGGCGUUUAUUGAGGAAGUUUAGAUCUGUUUUAAACUACAUUUUUGUGAAAGUUGAAUAUCUAUUAUAACAGGAGGAUAUCAGUCCAAAAAUGCUUCAAUUCCGUUCAGUAUUGACAAAAAUAUUAUGAUGAAUUAAACAUUUCGCAACAUUGUGGUAGCUACAUAUAAGUAUUACGUGAAAAUAGUUGAUGGUCAUCUUUUUAAUCCGUGAAGUGAAAGAUUAUCCAUUUUUUGUAUUUUGAUUUGUCUUUUAUUAAUCAAAGAUUUAGGUGUUAAUGUAAGAAUUAGAUAAAGAGUUUGUCGUUCUCGCUAUAAUAUUUCAAAAAUAGAUAAUGCAAAAU